CACUCAGCAGGAAGAGGCAGCCAAAGCAAGAUGAAACUGUCCACGGCUGUCAUUUUCUGCUCUUUGUUUCUCUGCGUCAACAGCCAAAAUUGGUUGUCGUUCAUAAAGGAAGCUGGUCAAGGGACCAGAGACAUGUGGAGAGCCUACAGAGACAUGCGAGAGGCCAAUUACAAAAAUUCAGACAAAUACUUCCACGCCCGGGGGAACUAUGAUGCUGCGCGAAGGGGCCCUGGCGGUGCCUGGGCGGCCAAAGUGAUCAGUGAUGCCAGAGAGGCUUAUCCGAGAAUCACAGACUUUUUUCUGCAUGGAGACAGUGGCCACGGACUGGAAGACUCCAGGGCCGACCAAUUUGCCAAUGAAUGGGGCAGGAGUGGCAAAGACCCCAAUCACUUCCGGCCUAGAGGCCUGCCUGAGAAGUACUGAGUUUCAUCCUCACCUGCACUCUGGAGACCCGACUGUGAGCCUCAGCG